AUGGCUGCUCAAAUUUGUCGUCAUUUCGAUUAUUUAGUUAUUGGUGGUGGUUCUGGAGGCUUAGCCAGUGCUCGUAGAGCAGCAAAGCUAGGGGCUAAAGCUGCUGUCAUUGAAAGUGGUCGUAUAGGAGGCACAUGUGUCAAUGUCGGUUGUGUGCCCAAGAAGGUUAUGUUUAAUACCGCUCUCCACUCAGAAUUUAUCCACGAUCACAAAGAUUAUGGUUUCAGCAUUGGUGAAGCGAAAUUUGAUUGGAGUGUUAUCAAGAAAUCUCGUGAUGCAUAUAUUCAGCGAUUGAAUGGAAUCUAUCAUCGUAAUUUAGCCAAGGACGGUGUACAAGAGAUUACUGGUUUUGCCAAGUUUUGUGGCUAUAAACAGGUCGAAGUUAAUGGAGAAGUUUAUACGGCUGACCACAUACUAAUUGCUACUGGUGGAUACCCCGACGUUCCUAAUAAACCAGGCGCUGAGUAUGGAAUCACCAGCGAUGGUUUCUUUGAUUUAGAAGAUUUACCAAAGAAAACCGUAGUUGUUGGCGCUGGUUAUAUUGCUGUGGAGUUGGCCGGUAUAUUAAAUGCUUUAGGAUCGGAUGUUUCCUUACUUAUUCGUCGUGAUAAGGUUCUUCGUUCAUUUGAUAUUUCUCUAAGUGAAAUCAUCACCGAAGAAUUAAAAAACACCGGUGUUAAAGUCAUGUCUCAGACACAGGUCAGUAAAGUCACCAAGAAUGAAAGCUCUGGGCUGCUUACAGUUGAUUUACAAACUGAAGGAGAUAUUAAAGAAAUAGCCAAUGUCGACUGUUUAUUAUGGGCAAUUGGACGAUCACCAACUACUGCAAUUAACUUAGAUGUUGCUGGUGUAGAGCUGAACUCGAAAGGUUUUAUUACAGUCGAUGAGUAUCAAAAUACGUCAACUUCCGGCAUAUAUGCACUUGGAGAUGUUUGUGGUCAUUACCUUUUAACUCCAGUUGCCAUUGCUGCCGGCCGUAGAUUAGCUCACAGAUUGUUUGAAAAUAAGGCAGACUCAAAACUUGACUACAGUAAUAUCGCUACUGUGGUAUUUAGCCAUCCACCCAUGGGCACAGUCGGCCUAACUGAAGAUGAAGCUGUGCAAAAAUUCGGCAGAGAAAAUCUUAAAAUUUAUCGAUCAAAGUUUACACCGAUGUAUCAUGCUGUCACUACCCGAAAAACUCCCUCACUUAUGAAGUUAAUUACUGUUUUACCCGAAGAAAAGAUUGUCGGUCUGCAUAUUCUUGGUAUUGGCUCUGAUGAAAUGUUGCAGGGCUUUGCCGUUGCCUUAAAAAUGGGGGCAACUAAGGCUGACUUUGAUAAUACCGUUGCUAUUCAUCCAACGUCCUCUGAGGAACUAGUUACUAUGACCUAG